AUGGUAUAUAUUAUUUGGUUCAAUCUUCUGUUAUGCAUCGCUUCAGUUCAAAAUAUUCCAGUCAAACAGAAGCAUGACUGUCGUUAUUGUAAUGCGACUACGCUGACGCAUAAGGAAUAUUUAAAACAUCUUGAAAUGCACAAGGAACAUGGUUUAUACAAGUGUGCUUUGUCCACAUGUGGAAAGAAAUACCGUACCGCAAUGGCACUUCGACAGCAUUACGAGAAACAUCAACCUCAACUUCUAUGUGAAAUCUGCGGCUCUUUCUUUUCUUAUAAGAGAACACUACGAAAGCACAAGAAACGAUGCCACGGAGUUAGAGACCCAGGAGAAGGAAAUCCACAGUUGGAACAUAUUUUGGCAGACACACGAAAACAUCACACUGCUGGUCAAAGUUCAGCAAGUCAACUAGAUCGCUCGAAUGAUGAGUAUCCCUCGGAAAAAUUUAACAUCUUAAAUUAUCCCGAUGAUAACAUCUUCAACUAUCUUAGCAUCCCCGACGAUGUUGUUGUUAAUAUCGAAGAUAUUAACAUCGACAACUCUAAUGGUAAUAUCUUCGAAUGUUAG